AUGGAUGAAGGCGGAUACGAGGUAUGUCCUGAUAUGACACCAUCACAAUUGGAAAGAGCUAAAAACAUGGAUGAUGGCGCAGCUUGUAAUCAGUUAAUGACGGUAUUCAUUGCACUGAAUCGGAUCGAUCCAUACAUGGACGACGGGGUGAUGGCAGAGACGGAGCCAGCCGACGAUGCUUGUACGUUGACAACUUCCGAGUCGGGACAUUUUGAAGCAGCGCUUUUGAACCUGAAAGGCACAAUGGAUGAAGGCGGAUACGAAGUAUGUCCAGAUAUGACACCAUCACAAUUGGAAAGAGCUAAAAACAUGGAUGAUGGCGCAGCUUGUAAUCAGUUAAUGACGGUAUUGUAA